AUGGCCACCCAGCACAAGACACAGUCAUCGCCUGUUAAUGCGGCCUGGUGGAAAGAGGCCUCGGUCUAUCAGAUUUAUCCAGCUUCUUUCAAAGACUCCAAUGGCGAUGGAAUCGGCGAUAUCCCCGGGAUUAUCUCGGAACUUGACUACCUGAAAGCCCUUGGGAUAGAUCUCGUUUGGCUCUCUCCGAUCCUUCAGUCCCCGCAGGUGGACAUGGGCUACGAUGUCUCUGACUAUUAUCGAAUUCACCCCCCGUACGGUACAGUCGAAGACGUAGAUGCGCUCAUUCAGGGUUUACAUCAGCGAGGGAUGAGAUAUGUCAUGGACCUUGUUGUAAAUCAUACUUCAGACCAGCACGAGUGGUUCAAACAGUCUAGAUCCUCUUCAGACAAUGAAUACCGAGACUGGUACAUAUGGAAAAAGCCCAAGUACGAUGCAAAUGGCGUCCGCCAGCCGCCGAAUAACUGGGGCGCCUAUUUUGGAGGUUCUGCAUGGCAGUACGACGAAACAACUGAUGAAUAUUAUCUGCACCUAUUCGCACCGGAGCAGCCAGACCUCAACUGGGAAAACCCCAAAGUCCGCUCUGCCGUGCACCAGAUCAUGAGGUAUUGGCUCGAUAAAGGCGUCAGUGGAUUCCGGAUGGAUGUGAUCAACAUGAUCAGCAAGGACCAAAGCUUCCCAGAUGCGCCCAUCACCGACCCAAAGGCCCAAUGGCAGCAUGGGGCGAUGCACUAUUGCUGCGGACCACGUCUUCACGAAUACCUGCAAGAGCUGGGGAGGGUUCUGAAGGAAUACGAUGCCUUUUCCGUGGGUGAGAUGCCGAAUGUCUAUGAUCCGGUGGAAAUUGGGAAGGCAGUGGGCUUUGACCGCGGUGAAUUGGCCAUGGCAUUUCAGUUCGAGAUCAUGGAUAUCGACCAUGGCCCUGCGGGCAAAUUCUCUCCACACAAAUAUCGAAUGUCGGACCUGAAGCAUAUCGUCUCCAAAUGGCAGGACUUCAUGUACGAGAACGAAGGCUGGAACGCCCUCUACCUCGAAAACCAUGACCAGGGAAGGACAAUAUCACGAUUUACCUCGGCCGGCCCAGAAUACCGCGCGACGGCGGGGAAGAUGCUCGCUACGUUCCUGGGUCUUCAAGGUGGCACUCCUUUCGUAUACCAGGGUCAGGAAAUAGGUCUGGUGAAUGUUCCAGAGACCUGGGGCAUUGAGCAAUUCAGAGACAUCGAGACUUUGAAUUAUUGGAACGAGAUAACGGCUGCAUAUCCCAACGACACAGAGCUUCACAAGGUGACAUCACAGCAAUUCCGCGUAAAGUCUCGCGACAAUGGACGCACCCCGAUGCAAUGGACCAGUGGCAAAUUUGCAGGGUUUACAGCUGCGCACAACGGUCCGUGGAUUGAUGUUCAUGACGACUAUGAAGACUGGAAUGCCGCCUCCCAGGUGGGGAACCCAAAUAGUGUUUUCCAACACUGGGCAAAGGUGCUCGCGCUGCGCAAAGCACAUAAGAGGCUCUUUGUAUAUGGCUCGUACAAAUUGAUUGAUGAAGCGAAUAACGAUCUAUUCACGUAUCUGCGAGUGUACGGAAGCCAAUCGGCUUUGGUGUUGGCCAACUUCACAGGCAAAGAAGUGAGCUGGGUUGUUCCUGCGGAAACCAUUUCCAUUCUCAAAAAUGGCGCUGUUCUUUUGGAAAGUUAUCAGCGCCACCGUCCAGUGCGACCGGAUGGUACAAUUGCUGUAAUGCCAUUUGAAUCGUUUGUGAUGUUUCUAGAUAGUCCAAAUGCCAGGGUUGGAGCUGGUGGGGGAAAACUCUAA